CAGCCAUGAACUCGGGAAAACCCGAUCACCUUGCAGCUUUGUAGCGCUCACACCGCUCUAUCCGGCACGAUCUACGGAGCUACACCAGGAAAGGGAGUACGGCGCGUUAGCGGCCUUCUCAGCUCGCCACAAAUGGUGUAUUGGUGGGGUCGAACUCCGUAGCUGAGGAUGGUGAUCAUUAUUCUUUCUGCUUCUGAAGGCUCCGGCCGGAAGCACUGCAUGCGCCUAAUGGGAAAGAGGGGGGGGUUCAGGUUGCCUUGUUGCCACCCCACAAGUGGAAGCCUCAAUUGGAAAGUUCGGAGACUACCAAUAGUCUGCUUAUGCUUGCGCAACAGCUGCGUGGCGGCCUUACCUUCGAUUUAUUUCCUCGUGAUCCCCGUAGUCGACUUUCUCAAUUCAUCUUCUCUCCUAGGAUUUUGCGCAGUGUUCAGCCUUCUUUGUAGCAACACAUCAUGAGUGACGAUAAACCCUGGCACCGUAGGAUCGUCAUCUGCUGUGACGGGACAUGGCAAAGCAGCGUAUCCUCAACCGACAACGUCCCAUCCAACGUCACCAGACUAUGUCGGCACAUUGCGCGCAUCGGCACCGACCGUAAAGAUCCCACCAAGAAAUUCAAUCAGAUUGUAUACUACGACUCCGGCAUCGGCACAGGCAACCUCUCCUCGUCGGAGCGCCGCCGACAAGGCGGCAUCGGCGCCGGCCUGACGGAAAACGUCAUCGAGGCGUACAACUUCAUUGUCCUGAACUACGCACCGGGCGACGAGAUAUUCUGCUUCGGGUUCUCGCGGGGCGCGUACACGGCGCGCGCCGUCGCAGGCCUCGUCACUGAUAUCGGCGUCAUCAAUCCCGUCGACAUGCAGGUGUUUCCGCAAAUCUACCGCGCCUACAUGACCAACGACGAGGGCUUGCCGUUUCGCCAAACGCAGGCCUGGAAGGACUUUGUGUAUGGGAAGCUGAGCAAGCGAGGGGAAGAGCUGGGGGAGUCGGGGCGCGAUGAGGGGGCAAGGGAGCGCGCGCAGAGCUGGGAGAUCCAUCCGCAUGGCGAUUUGGCAGUCUCGCAGGAGAGCAGGAAGGUCAAGGUCGUCGGGGUGUGGGAUACGGUGGGCAGUUUGGGGAUUCCGGACGUGGCGUUUUUGAGUUUCGAGAAGGAGAGGACUAAGUACGGGUUCCAUAAUGUGAGGUUGAAUGAACAUUAUGAGCAUGCGUUUCAUGCGUUGGCGUUGGAUGAGCGGAGGAAGGCGUUUAGACCGACGCUGUGGUAUAUCCCCAAGGAGCUGGUUGAUUCGGGCAAGCCGGUGCCUGAGUUGAAGCAGGUGUGGUUCCCAGGCGUGCAUAUCAACUGCGGAGGCGGCUCAGACGACGCUAUAACCGACAUGAAAGGCGACCUAGAACAUCUAUCAAUGGCAACCUUCUGCUGGAUGCUCCAAUGCAUCGCCCCCUAUCUCACCAUCGACCCCGUUGCCUUCGAUGCCUCCAUGUCCCGCUAUCUACGGUGGCUGAACAGCAUCCGCUACGCCUGCACCACUGUGCACCCUACCUGGCUCACCUGGGCCAAAUCCAAAGUCCCCAACAUCCCCCUCAUCAACCCAAGAGAAGACUCCCUGGCACCCCCGAAACGCAGCCCUCCGCACCAGCAUCUGGACUUUGACUACGGAUACGGCACAGGCCCUAUCGUGGAUAGCUACACGGGGAUGUAUCACUUGAACGGCAGCGUGACGCGCCUACCGGGACACUGCGAGCUGGAGAUCUACGACGAGGAGAGUAAGGAAUUGAAGCUCACCGAUAUCAACGGGUACGGCCAGACGAACGAGUACAUCCACCCCAUCUGCCACUACCGGCUCCUCGUCCGUGGUCUGGAGAAGAAUUCCCCGCUAAAAGACUUCACACGCACGUUUGAGCCGACGCCCGGAGAUGCAACCGGUAAGGGCAGGUUUUGGUGGACGAGGCAGGCAGGUGCGGGGAGGACGCUGCCUGAGUGGGUGAUUCUGCAGGAUGGGGACGAGACGGUGAAUUUUGAGAGGCAGUGGUAUAGGAAGUGUGAGAAGAGUGAGGAGACGUUGAGGAUUUUGAAGGGGAAGGGGGUCGAGGGGGAUUGGUUGGAGGGGUUGGAUCAGAAGGUCGAUUUUGGGGUUGGGGAAAAGGAGGGGUGGGUCUAUCCGUAG